UUGUGAAUAAAUAGAAACUGAUGACAAACAGUCUGUGCUGAGUGGCUCAUCAGGUGUCACUGGCUCAGUAUCAACUGGAAUAACUUCAAAAACUAGAUCUACUGACUUGGGUUCCAUUCCUUGUUCUGAUCCUGGAUAUUGUAGUUCUGUUGAUCCUAAAUCUACUACUACAAAUGAGAGACAGAGAAUGCCAGUAGUUAUGGAAAAUGAAGCAUGGCUCCAGAAAAUACAACGCCACAGAGGAAUUCAUGAGGUGUGCCACUUGUGCAUGCUAUCAAAUCCCACCAGUGAAGAUUUAUUGGAUGACAUGUGUUUCAAUACUGAUUUACAUGAUGGAGUCUAUCCAAUAGUCACUGUCACUUGGGAUGAAGACUAUCACAUGAUGCAUCAAAUUCGACCAAUGCCUCAGCUUAGUCUUAAUGGAGGAUUUGCAUUAUGUAAUGGAGAGUGGUGCAAGGGAGAAAAGUGCACUUUUGCUCACAGUGAACUUGAAAAAAUGGCUUGGAAUCACGAAUUGAAUCGGACAAAACGAACAGGCAACCUACCUCCAACAAGCCGACAAAUACGAGUAUUGUUUGAUGUCAGUAAUCCUACUCCAGUUAUACCACAACAGUCACCACAAACCCCUUUGAUUUAUGAUCCUCGACAAGUCAUCAGAUUUUCUGUUAACAGGCGAGACAGUUAUCAUACCUACAAUGCAUGGAAGACAAAGUUUAAGGAUAGGUUACACCGGACUACUUUAAAAGAUGAAACUCUUGAAGCUGAUCUCACUGCAGAUAACUAUCAAGAUAAAUUCUACAAUCUCCUUUGCUUUGAAGAAAUGGAACACAUCAAUUUGCUCACAAAAAGAUGUGAUGGUCGUUAUGAAUUCAUUUUUGAAGGGCGUAUUUUGUUACCAAAAUUUUCGUAUGAAAAUCUUCAUAAUGUGGGCUACUUAAAUGGCAUUUCAAGUGAUCGAAUUGGUUAUGCAACACAGUCUAGUGAAUGCUUAGUUUUUGUUGAUCGUCAAAAUGAGAGAGAUAUUUGCCGGGCAAAUAUAUUGAGCUUCAAUUACAGCACGACAAGCAAGAAAUUAUACAUUUCUUUUUCUGACAAUGACAUAAAGGAGUUAAAGAAAAUGCUCGAUAGUAGUAAAAGUGGAGUUUUUAAUGUAGAAUUUGAAGUCAAACAUGGUUUUUUCAAUUCAUUGCAUAAAGCAGUUGUGAAUCUUUCUGAUCACGUCAUUCAAAAGCUUUUGCCUAGAAAAGAAGCAUUUCAACCGAUUGAUAUGUCUCAUUUAAGAGGUGAAUGCAAGCACAAAUGGUUAGAAGUCAAUGAAGAAUGCCAAUUAGUUGCACUUGAUUCCAUUGUAUCAGCAUCUUCAAAUGUUCCAAUUCUUGUGUCUGGCCCUUUUGGUUGUGGUAAAACCAGAGUAUUAGCACGAUCGGCUUUUGAGUUUAUUGAUAAAGGGCUAACAUCAAAUAAAACAACUCGUAUUUUGAUAUGUGCCCAUCACCCAGCCUCAACACAAAUUUAUAUUACGAAGUAUUUGCAUCAGGUUUGGAGUAAUGAUGAGUUGUGGAGAAAAUAUGUCAAAAUAGUUAGAGUAACAAGAGGCUUAUUUGACAAGCAUUCACCAUUUAAUGAACAUUUUCGUAAUCUUUCGACUUUUCGCAAAGAAGUUCAGCAGGGAAUGUAUUUGAAUGAAAGGCUUUUAGUAGUAGUUACGACAUACAUGACAUCACUUCAGUUGCUUAAUGCCUUCAAAAAUACAAAAUUUUUUACACAUGUAUUGCUUGAUGAAGCAGCUCAAGUCAGAGAACCAGAAGCUGUUGCUCCACUUUGUUUAGCAACCAAUGAUGCUAAAAUUGUCAUAGCUGGUGAUCGGAAGCAGGUUGGACCAGCUCUUGAAGUUUUGGGAAAUCAAGCUCAUGAGAAUGGAUUAGCUGUCUCACUCCUUGAGCGGUUAGAGCAGCACUAUAGUAAGAAUGGUGAUUCUGCAAGUUCUUAUCUUAAUAAACUCACUGACAACUAUCGUUCCAACAAGUCAAUAGUUCUCUUUUUGUCAAGUAUUUUUUAUGAUGAGCCAAUUACCACAAAGCUUCCAAUAAAGCUUCAUCACAAAACAUCUUUUCCAUUUGUUUUCUAUUGCAGUGAUGUCGACAGCAUAAUUAGAGCUCCUCAGGAGGCCACGUUUGAAACUGAAGCUAUUGCAGUUUUGGGCCAAGUUAAUUAUUACAAGAAAAAUGAUUGGGAUUUUUCUGAGUUGAGUAUUAUUGCACCCACAAGAAGCCAGGUUAAUGUUAUUCGAGAAAAACUCAAAGGACCAUUUGCAAAAAUCAAAGUUUUGCCAACAUAUUUGAUACAAGGACAUGAGUGCAAAGCAGUUUUUUUGAGUACAAGUGAGCCUCUUGAAAGUAAUGGGAAAAGCAAAGAUCCUUUAAAAAGUCUUUGCAAUCCUUUUGUUUUUAACACUGCAAUCAGCCGAGCACAAUCACUUGUAGUAGCAGUUGGUAAUCCAUAUAUGCUUUUGAAAAUAGAGGCUGGCACUGGAAACUCUCGUCGGCAUUGCUGGAGAGAAUAUUUAAAACAGUGCUUUGAAAAGAAUACUAUUUAUUUUCAAAAGUCUUGCCUAAAGCAAAGAGGCAAAGUUUUAGAUGAUCUUAGAAUGACUUUUAUUACAGCUAUGAAACAGUCUAAAAAUGCCAAUGGUCAAAGAACUCAUUCAUCCAUGUUUUCAUCUUCUAAAAGGACAAUGGUUGCAUCUCCAGUUCAAGCCACCCAAUCUUUGGUUUCAUGUUUAAAACGACAACCGUCACUACAGAGACAAAACAGUCCUUCCACAAUGUCAUAUGCAAGUGCCGUCAAAUGUGGUCUCAAAGAAACACCUCCUAAGAGAAAUGAAAAGUUUAGAAAGUAUGAAGAUGAAGAAAUGAUCAAUGUGAGUGAUGAAGAAAGUGAUUCUCAUCAGUUUGAUGAAGACUUACUAUCAAGGAUGUAAACAAUACUGUAACAUCAAUAAUAAAUCUAUUUUUAUGCAAUUUCAAUUUGUUAAUAAUUUGUAGCAUUCAUUGUUGAAUAAGCAGAAUGCUAUCUAGCUAAUAAAAA